GAGGGCAUUAGGACCAAGAGAAAGACACACACAUUGCUUUGUAUUAUGUCUGGCAAAGGGUUCCUUGACUGAGUGCUGUAGUUAUGUGUGAAAGAAAGUCAGGGACUGACUAGUUCUCAUCUGUUGAUCACAGUUAACUUGACGCGUCAAAACAGGGGAAGCUGUCAGAUCUGCUUGCAAAGAUAAUAUCACUCCAGCCCAGGCAGCGAUUGGAAACUUUGCAGUGGCAGGAAAUAUUCUGGAAGGAAACUAUAAAAAAUGGAAUUUAUUUUUACUUUUUCUCAGAAUUAAAAACGAAAAUCAAACUUAAACCACCUUUUAAUGAGCUUUUUGGUCAGCUAAAUACAUUCUUUCUUAGACAAUCUGGGAUUCUGUAUAAUAAAGGAUCUCCUUUAUCUAAUUGGAUCUAUGUUAUCUCUCAUAAGUAGGUAUUUUUGAUUUUGUCUACAAAUAUACGGGAAAGCAUGAAACAACAUCAAUGAAAUGCGAGGGGGAGGGGGAACCUCACAGCAGACAGUAAUGACCAGUUUAUUGCUGCAAAGAAACCAGAGAGCUGGGCUGUAAAAAAUAUCCAAGUGAUAUUUAGCAUGACCAUCUGUAUUGUUUUGUCACCAACAGUAUGCUCUUGAAGAAGAGGUGCAGAUAUGGAUCACGUAAGCUUCAGUUUCUCUUGUUGUUGCUGAUGCUGGGUUUUUUAUUACUGAUGGUUACAAUCCUGAAUCCACCAUUCCGGGACCUGAACAAAGCGGGGACAUCCCAGCCAUUAAAGUUCAGUGCCAGAGAAGGGUAUCAGCUGGACUUUCCGGAAACCCAAGAAAUGUUGGAGACUCAGGAAGAGAGCCAGCAGUACUACCCCAUGGUGGGGUUAGCCCCUUUCAUUUCCCUCCGGGAGGACGAGCUGCUAGUGGCCAUUGUGUCACCCAUAGCCAGGAGAAACGACAGCAAGGCUAGAAAAGGAUACCGAAUGGUGAAGCAGCAGAGCAAAAGGCAGGAGGAAAAGACUAAUGUCAAGCCCAGGGGAAACCAAGAGUCCCAGCUCAUGUCCUUUCCUCUACAGGAUUCAGAAGAGGCUGCUGGGGGUGAGCAAUUGGCAAUCCUUGGCCUGGAAACUCACGGCUUUAAUGAAGCGCUCAGUGAGCGGAUUUCUCUGCGCAGGGAGCUGCCUGAGGUGCGGCAUCCUUUCUGUCUGCAACAGGACUAUGACCCCAACCUUCCUACUGCUAGUGUCAUCAUCUGUUUCCAUGACGAAGCCUGGUCUACUCUCUUGAGAACUGUGCACAGUGUUAUGGAUACAGCCCCAAGGGCCUCUCUGAAGGAAAUUAUCCUUGUCGAUGACCUCAGUCAACAAGGGCAUCUGAAGUCAGCCCUAAGUGAAUACAUCUCCAAGCUGGAUGGUGUGAAAUUGAUCAGGAGCAACAAGAGGCUCGGGGUCAUCCAGGGUCGUAUGUUGGGAGCUGCACGGGCAACUGGGGAUGUGCUGGUCUUCAUGGACUCCCACUGUGAGUGUCACACAGGCUGGUUAGAACCCCUGUUGGGCAGACUAGCCACUGACAGAAAUCGAAUCGUCUCCCCUGUCAUAGAUGUCAUUGACUGGAAGACUUUUCAGUAUCAUCAGUCUGUGGACCUGCAACGAGGUGGAUUUGAUUGGAAAUUAGAUUUCCAUUGGGAGCCGCUGCCAGAGCAUGAAGAGAAGGUACGCCAGUCUGCCAUCAGCCCCAUCAGAAGUCCCGUGGUGCCUGGUGGAGUAGUGGCAAUGGACCGACAUUACUUCCAAAAUAUUGGCGCUUAUGAUUCCGACAUGACUCUAUGGGGGGCAGAAAACCUAGAAUUAUCUAUAAGGGCCUGGCUCUGUGGUGGUUCUGUUGAAAUCCUUCCAUGCUCACGGGUGGGGCACAUCUUUCGAAAUCACAUCCCGCACACUUUUCCCAACGAAGAGGCUGCAGUGAGGAACAAAAUCCGAAUAGCAGAGACCUGGCUGGAUUCUUUUAAAGAGAUUUUCUACGAGCAUGACACAGUGGCAUUCCUAAUUAGUAAAGCUGAAAAGCCAGACUGCAACGAGCGCCUUCAACUCCAAAAGCGACUGGGCUGUAGAAAAUUUCAUUGGUUUAUAUCAAAUGUAUACCCCGAACUCUACCCACCAGUGUACAAACCAAGAUUCUCUGGCAAGCAUUUUGAAUAUAACAGUAUGAAGGAAAUCCGGUUUGGUUCCGCUCUGCAGUUUUGCUUUGAUGUCAGACAUGAGAAGGUUAUCCUUCAAAACUGUACGCAAGAGGCAGAAAAUAACCAGCAACAAUGGGAUGUCCAAGAGAGUGGAAUGAUUGUCCACAUCCUUUCUGGUAAAUGCCUAGAGGCGGUGAAGAUUGAAGCUGAGAAGGACUUGUCCUUACGUGUAUGUAACAAGAAUGAGAAUCAGCUGUGGCGAUUUGAUCACUCACAUGUGCUAGAUGAGAGAUGACUGACAGGUCUAUGUGAAGACUGUCUCCAAACCUCACGGUCACUUUCAUUUAGGAUUCAAGACACACAGAUUCCUGCAUGCAAAAGAAAGUUAUGUAUGUCUGCCACGGUCUUCAGGAGAUGCUAGAAAGACCUUGCUUGGAAAGUCUUGCUCAAGUAAUUGCAGUAGGCUCCUGGUUUAACCAACUCAAGCGAAAAAUUACUAUUUGUUCUCUUCAACCAGAGAAUAAAAGUACUGUGAGUAUCGCUAAUGACUCUGCAGCUCUACACCUGCAGAAGACAAGAAGUUUGCCCUUUUAAGGAAACUUGGAAGACAAAUUGCCAAAGGGUCUCUCUUCUAAAACUUCUAAGAAAACAGGAAGAUGAAUCUUUGUGAAACUUUAGAAACUCUCUCAAAGGAAGUCUGCCUUGUUGAGAUGAGAGUUUAGCCAAGCUGUACAGUGUACUUGACCCAUAUAAAACAAAGUAGGUUUUAUAUGUAUCAAAGUAGAACAUAAUUACUUUUGUAAGAAAUAGUUAAUAUAUUCCUGUCCAAAUACACUGAGCCAAUACCCCAUUCUCAGUGAUA